GUUAAUCGUCACGUCACAUCUCAACUAGACUGGCUGUGGAAGUGUGAGCGCCAUGGUGACACUGAAUCACCUGAGUGUGGAGGACACAGAGGAUGGCUCCCCGCCGCUCCCCGAGGCCGCCGAGGCUACAACAGCAGAAGCGGUUUCCCUUAGAGAGCCAGGCAUGAAUGAGCCAGACACCUCGGAGUUUUUCCUCAGCAGGAGGGAGAACCUUGUCCUCAGUCUACUGCUGCUGAUUGGAUGCUACUCAGCGAUUCUGAUCCCUGCCUACUAUCCGCUGACUGCAGGGGAGCUACUGAGGGACGACUAUAAGUAUCCAAAAGAUAUGGCCUUGCUAAACCGGUCAGCGUCCCUGCUGUGGGGUCCGUGUCAGCCCCGCUGGUGCAUGGACCACCUCAAGCCCCUGCCCCGCUCCGCAGGCCUCCUCGACCUCCCUGUGUUUGUGCAACAGGACAGGCCCGGGCAGUGGAACCUGCCUCCUCCGCUGGGACUGCAGGGCAGCGAGGAGCAUCUGGCCCUGGCUCUCGCCUCGCUGCCUCAGCCCGGCCUGCCUCCGUCCCUGGGGAGAGACGGCAGCUGCAGGCGGUGUGUGGUCGUGGGCAGUGGAGGGGUCCUUCAUGGCAGUCAUCUUGGAUCCCAUAUAGAUCAAUAUGACAUCAUUAUCAGGCUGAAUAACGCCCCAGUGUCUGGCUUUGAGAGGGACGCUGGCUCACACACCACCAUCCGCCUGAUUUACCCAGAGGGAGCGCCUCGCUCUGCAAACGAGUACCGAAAGACCAGCAUGGUGGUCCUGGUGGUCUUUAAGAGCCUGGACCUGGAUUGGCUCACUUCUGUCAUCAGCAGGCAGCCUCUGAGCUUCUGGUCCAAAAUGUGGUUCUGGAGGGAGGUGGUGGAUGAGAUCCCCCUGAGAUCCGAGAACUUCAAGAUCCUCCACCCAGAGAUAAUGCACAAGACAGAGGAGGUCUUGAAGAAAUACGCCUUCAAACAGGGAAACUUGGUUCCGACGCUGGGCGCGAGCGCGGUGGUGAUGGCCAUGCAGCUGUGUGACCAGGUGAGCCUGGCGGGGUUCGGCUACGACAUGCAGCACCCCGAGGCCCGGCUUCACUACUACGAGACCAUCCGCAUGGACUCCAUGAAGGCACAACUGGUGCACGACAUUAGUGCCGAGAAAUUAUUCUUGAGAGACCUGGUGGCUGCUGGAGCGGUGACCGACCUCACGGGAGCUCUGUGAGUCCAGGACUGAUGUUCCUUGAACUCUGCGUGCUCUCAAACAUCUCGCUCUGGGUCCGUAUGGAGACGUCCACAGGGUGCCCCGCGUGGAGGACCUCUGGUUUGAUGAGUGAGCUCAUUACGUCUCAAUGCUAGGUGACU